UGUGUUUAAAGAAGAUUGAAGAUGGCGACCAGCUCGGAGCGCAGUCCUCCUCCGUUCCCCGACUCCGAGGACCAAGAUGUGCUGGACACUGAAGAAGUCCGAGGCCGAGACAGCGAUGAAGACGACGGGGACGAGGACCUCUUCCUGAGCGCGAGCGACCCUCCACUGAUCGAAGUGGACACUACACAGCCACCUGCCAGCGAUCCCAGUGAUGUUACGACAGAGCCUCCCACCGACAUCAUGGACGCUCCACUAAUCGAGCCCAUCAGCAGCCAAACAGAAACCAAACCAGUGAGCGAAGUCGCCAGCGAACCCUCGGAUGAUUUCGUUGAUCUUACAAACAACAUAAUCGACUCUCCCGAUGAGCCAGUUGCAGCUGAAAGUGCCGUUGCAGACGCAGUGAAAGACACAACUCGGCUUCCUCUAGAUGAACCCUCUGAUGAUUUUGAGGAUAUAUUUGGAAGUGAAACUGAAGCGCCACAAGAGGAAGUUCUGGUAGCAGAUGUUACCGUCGAAGCAGCAACCGAUAAAAAUGAAGUGACCAGUGAUGUUACAAAUCCACCUGCUGAUGGGAAAACAGGAAGUGAUGAGGAACAGGAAGCAAAAGAAACUUCCACUGAUCCAAUCCUCGACCUCAGUGAUGAUAUGCCAGCCAGCGACACGCAACAGCCACCACCUGCCAGUGAGAAAUUUGUCGACCCUUUGGUUGACCUCCUUAGUGACGCUCCACCCGUCGUUGAAGCCAAAAUACCCACCCGGGCAACAGUCGACCUGUUUGAAGAUGAGGGAAGCGACUUGUUCACAGAAUCUCGGCAGACUAAACCUGCCAAGCAGCCACAGAAAAGCCUCUUCGGUGAACCUGAUGAGGAUCUGUUCGGUGAGCCGCUGGGUGCCACCUCGAAGAAAACCGUCAGCAAAGAGCAGAAGGACAAACCUGUCACAACCAAAGUUGCUGCUGAUGUUAGCAGCACAGGGGGGCCUCUGCUGGAGAGCAGUCCUGCAGAACCCGCUGAUAUCUUCACUGAGGAAGCUGUCACCACAGUGCCCAGCGUCAAAACCACCAGCACUGUCAACUCCAAGACUAACGGAGUCCACUCUGAAGAGGAGACGGAUAUAUUUGCAGAAGCCACAGUGGAGCUUUCCCUCGACAGUCCACGGGACGAGAGAAAGAAAGAUGCGACGGCCAAACCGUCUGCGUCCGCCCCCUCUCUGUCAGCAGCUGCCAGCCUGGCCAAGCCACAGUCUGCUGCCCUGGAGGAGUUGGAAGAAGAGGAAGAAGAAGAGCAGGAUGACAAAUUUGAGAUCUUUGUCUCUGUUAAAGACCCUGAAAAAAUAGGGGACGGGAUGAAUGCUUACAUGGCCUACAAAGUAACCACACAGAGCCAACUGCCCAUGUUCCGUAAUAAGGUAUGUACAGUGAGGCGACGCUUCAGCGACUUCCUCGGCCUCUACGAGAAGCUGUCUGAAAAACAUGGACCAAAUGGAUACAUCGUGCCUCCACCACCAGAGAAGAGCAUCCUGGGUAUGACAAAGGUGAAGGUGGGAAAGGAAGAUUCUUCUUCUGCAGACUUUGUUGAGAGAAGAAGAGGCGCUUUGGAGAGGUAUCUCCAGAGAGUGGUAAAUCACCCGUCGCUGAUCCAGGAUCCAGAUGUCAGAGAGUUCCUGGAGAGAGAGGAAUUGCCCAGAGCAGUGAGCACCCAGGCUCUGAGCGGCGCCGGCUUUCUGAAGAUGAUCAACAAAGCAACAGAUGCUGUCAGUAAAAUGACCAUCAAGAUGAAUGAGUCAGACGUGUGGUUUGAGGAGAAGCUGCAGGAGGUGGAGUCUGCAGACCAGCAGUUCAGGAAGCUCCACGCGCUGGUGGAAUCUCUGGUCGUCCACAGGAAAGAGCUGUCGUUAAACACAGCCAGCUUUGCCAAAAGCACGGCCAUGCUGGGCAGCGCAGAGGACAACACUGCUCUGUCCCGAGCUCUCUCUCAGCUGGCCGAGGUGGAGGACAAGAUGGAGCAGCUGCACCAAGAACAGGCUGCGAACGACACCUUCGGCUUUGCAGAACUGAUCGCAGAUUACAUCCGCCUGCUCGGAGCCGUGAGGGGGUCGUUUGAUCACCGGAUGAAGGCGUGGCAGCGCUGGCAGGAUGCUCAGACUGUGCUGCAGAAGAAAAGGGAGACUGAGGCCAAACUGCUGUGGGCCAACAAGCCCGACAAACUGCAGCUGGCCAAAGAGGAGAUCGCUGAGUGGGAGGCCAAAGUGACGCAGUACGAGAGAGACUUUGAAAGAGUUUCUGCAACUGUGCGCAAGGAAGUCAUCCGCUUUGAGAAAGAAAAAGCCAAGAACUGUAAACGAGAGAUAAUUAACUACUUGGAGUGUCUGCUUCAGUCUCAGCAGCAGCUCAUAAAGUACUGGGAGGCUUUCUUACCAGAAGCAAAAGCAAUCGCCUAAUCCUCGAGCACCAGCCUUUUGGAUGACAGAACAGGCUGCCUUCUUCUUAUACACUUUACCUCUUGCCUUUAAACCAAGGAAAAUGCGCGCAUUGUAAAGGGAGAUACAAUCAACCUGUUUUUUUAAUCACCUUUAACAUAUAGCUCUGUACUCUAUUGUAUUAAUAAUUGUAUAUUUUCAUUUAACCUUCCACAAAUAUUUUCUUAUUAGAUGAAAAGAGUUUGCAUAUACAAAAGAUAUGGACACACGAAAAGAGAAUAGAUGAAUGAUUCCAUUGAUUUCCACAAGAGAAGGGAAAUGAAGCGAGUUGUCGCUCUCAGGAUUUUCUCCCUCGUGUGAUCAGGAGCUCCUUCACAUCAGCAGUGGUUAAUUGUUUACAGCGCGGCUGCUCUCUCAUCAAAUAUUUCUGGGGACCCAGAUGAAGAAAGUGGCCAAGAGUCUCAGUCUAUUUCUUCUUUUUAAUGACUCAAAGGGAUAAAAAAAAAAAAUACAGUUAAAUAACAUUUAUGAGCACUUCCACCAGGUGGAUAAAGUACUUAAGUACCAGCCAUGUUUUUUUGUUUUGUUUUUCUUUCAGAUUGAAAAUACUGUUGAUGCUGAGGGGGGGAUGCAGGGUGUUGAGAGGCAUUAGAUUAGCGGCGUCUACAGCUGUGGUCAAGGGUUGCAUUGUAGGUCAAAGCUUGUGAGUUAAAUAUUUUAGAUUUCAAUCAUAGUGCAAACUUUACUCUUAUAACUACACAUGUCUGUGCCUUUUAAGUCAGAAUGGUGUUUUUGGUGUAACGUAGGUUUGGGAGAAAGUUGUACACAGUUGUGGGCAGCGCAGAGGCUUGUUAACAGUUACUUCCACAACAGCCAUAAUGAUAUAAUGCUGUCAAUGCUGAGGUUACAGAACAAUUCUGCUGUCGUCAUGUUUAGAGGAAUAUUUCACCACCCAAAUGACCAUCUGUAAACUUGCCCUGUGUUAUGUUAACUUUGUUAGGGACACUUUGUUUUUGUUGCACGUCUCUGAUGAACGAAGAAUCCAACAACAGAAAAAGUUUUUGAUGAAUUGAGGUGUUAGGCCCUGAUCACACAGAAAGCGUUUUUGCAGCUGGAGGCGGCUUUUUGUAAUUGUUUUUAAUGAGAGUGAAUCUUUUUGCUUGCGGCUUUUGCCUUGCCACACACCUUGUGUUUCUGCGCUCUUGGCACCUGUCGUUUUUGCCAGAGCGAUCGGAACUCAAAUUGAAAAAACGUCAUCUCUUUCUUUCAUCAUCUUUUCCCCUAUUGUCCAAUCAGAUUAUUUUAGAGGCGGGCCAUCUGUGGUGGUCAUGACAACAAGUUUACAGUGAGUAAACAAUGGAGGAGAAACUGCUGGUAGUGGCUUUGAAGAGAGCAACGAUAAGUUUCACUUUAAGUACUGGGCAAACAACUGGAUAAAUGAGACUUGCAAGAGUUGUUUUUACGGAUAUUUUGAUAUUAGAUAUUUCUUCAAAGUCAAUGUCAUGCAGGGUAAGUGAUAAAUAUUCAGUUGGUCAUUUGAGAGGUGAAAUAUUCCUUUAAGCCCAUUUACUACAAAUUAAGUGUUUUUCCUCUAUAUUCUUGCUUCUAACUGCAAAGAUUUUUGUUUUGUUGUUUUCCAACUUCUCCAGACAGUCUUUGCAUUGCAUUAAAAUCAGCCUGCACAUACUCGUAGCAGGUAAUCUUCACAGUGAACAUCACGUCUGAGUCUGUUUAUGUCAAAGUUGUUGCGUCAUUGUUGUGGGGGAUUGCUACAGUAAGUGUCAUAUGUUGACACUUUUUAAGGCAUUACCCAGCAACAAUGAUUGACUUUGAGGAAAGCACAGUAAAUGCUGACAUGUCCGCUGUGAGGAUUAGCUUUCUCAAGCAAGAUUCAAGUCUCUGCAAGUGAACUUUGAUGCUGCAGUAGUGAAAUGAACACACACACAGAAACCAAAGGCUACCUGGAGGGGAGGAUUCUGAGUCCUGCUCUGAGAUAGGGUUGGCUGUAGUAUUAGGGCUGAAGCUAACAAUUAUUUUUAUUUUCCGUUAUUCUUUCAGUUAUUUUGGUGACCUCUUGAAAUAGUUUUACCUGACUAGCAGAUUUUUUUUUGUUUGUUUUUUUUUAAAGGUACCCUGUGGAGUUUUUGAUCAGUGAUAGUGUAACAGAACUGGUGUUUUUUCAGUUUGGUCCCAAUUUUGGUUGGUAUCUCACAGUGGUGAUGCAAAACGCAGUCCUGCUGAUGGCUUUCUGCUUUUCUACUGAUCAACACUUGGUGGCAGUGACAUGCCAAGAAACAGCAAUGUGCCAACAAAGACAAGAAAUAAGAAUUAGACUGCUAGGUAGUAAACAAGGAUACAAGCAAUAUACGUUUGAGAUUCUUCCAAAAAAAUUGUUUUACACCAUGCAUUCAACACAUUUGUUAGACCUCUAAGAUAUACAGUCUACUAAUCGGUGAAUGUAAACAGUACUGUUACCAAAAAAAAUCACAGGGUACCUUUUAUUUUCUGAUGAUAAAAAUCUUUAAAAAAAUCCUGACAUUUGAUAAAGUGGAAGCAGUUGGGCAGUUUUUGCAUGAUAUUGUGAGUGAUUAUCAGAUUUACCUGUCUCUGGAACAGUUAAUGAUUUCAUGAUAUAAUAGUGUGUGUGAUUUCUAGUAAAUGGGCAACAACAUGCAAAAAAGGCUUGUUACUGACUCGUAGACAUGAGGUUAAUGUCAAAUACUAAAAGUACUGAUGUCAUAUUGAACCUAAUGCUUCCCUGAAGCCUCAGUCUGCAGUUUGACAAGUUUAGUUUUAACAUCAAACGGUUGAAAACCUGUGUCACAUGUGGCACUGCUACCAUCGUUCGACUACAGCUUUAAUUUCACAUUUGCACAAACUUAAAAUUAAGCCGCAUAGUGACGAGUUUCACUGUAUCAUUUUUUGUCAUCUCUUGACUUGCAGGCAUUUCUUUGCACAGUUUUUUUUUUCCUUUUUUGACAAUUAGAUGCACGCUUGUUUUCAACUGUUGUUUGACAGCACUCAAAUAAAACUGGUUGUUAGUGUGGCCUAAAACUGUAUGUCAUCACUUGUCAGUGUGCAGAGCAACGUCAGCACUGUGUCAUAGAAAUUUCUUUUAAAAUAAAUCAAUAAAAGUUGCACUGUUUACACUUGGAAUUUGAUUAAGAA